CAUAACAGAUGCCAGUGGGCUCAAGAGCACAGAUAAGCUGGGUGCGAUGGCACAUGUCUAUAAUCCCAGCAGCCAAGAGGGAGGCGGAGACAGGAAGAUGGCCACCAAUUCGAAACCAGCUGUCUCUACAUAAUAAGAAAAGCAAGUAUCCCAAGGAGGUGUCUCUACGAGAAACCAAAUGAUGCUCUGACCACUGAUCUAAUUCCUACUGAACUACAUUUAUUCUUCCCCAACCUCCAGCCAAAGCUCUCACAAACUUAGGAGAGCAGGUUGCCCAGGCUAAGAGCAACCUGCAGUACUUGCAGCCUGUCGCCUGGGGGCGCUCAGGUUAGAGAGGGAAGAGCGGCGCAGGUAGUUACCCACCUGCACUCUGCAUAGGCCACUCAUGGCCACUAGAGGGAGAACGUGCUCCCCUCAGGGGGGCGGAGCUUGCGGGAAGCACGCAUGCGCCCGGAGGGAGGUGGUGGCACCAGCCCGGGCGAAGGGCAAGACGGUGGCCGAGAGGGUUCUGGGAGGUGGACGGUGGCCGAGAAGGUCCGGCAUGGAGCACCUGGAGCGCUGCGCGUGGUUUCUCCGCGGGACGCUGGUGAGGGCGGCGGUGCGGCGCUACCUGCCCUGGGCGCUGGUGGCCGCCAUGCUGGCGGGCUCGGUCCUCAAGGAGCUAUCCCCGCUGCCCGAGUGCUACCUGAGCAACAAGCGCAACGUCCUCAACGUGUAUUUUGUUAAAGUGGCCUGGGCCUGGACAGUCUGUCUUCUCCUGCCUUUCAUUGCCCUCACCAACUACCACCUGACGGGCAAGGCCGGCCUGGUCCUGCGGCGGUUGAGCACCCUGCUUGUGGGCACAGCCAUCUGGUACGUCUGCACCGCCCUCUUCUCCAACAUCGAGCACUACACAGGCAACUGCUACCAGUCCCCAGCCCUGGAGGGCAUCAGACAGGAGCAUCAGAGCAAGCAGCAAUGCCACCGGGAAGGGGGCUUCUGGCACGGCUUUGACAUCUCCGGCCACUCCUUCCUACUGACCUUCUGUGCACUCAUGAUCGUGGAGGAGAUGGCCGUGUUGCAUGAGGUGAAGACAGAUCGCGGCCACCACCUCCACACUGCCAUCACUACCCUGGUUGUCGCCCUGGGCUUCCUGACCUUCAUCUGGGUAUGGAUGUUCCUGUGCACAGCCGUUUAUUUCCACGACUUGAUCCAGAAGGUGUUUGGUACUUUUUUUGGUUUGCUGGGCUGGUACGGGACAUAUGGGUAUUGGUAUCUGAAGUCUUUCUCUCCAGGACUUCCUCCCCAGAGCUCUAGUUUGACUCUGAAGCAAGAUACUUACAAGAAAUAAAAGAGAGACACUUGGGGACAGGAGGAC